GAUGUGAUGUCACUAAUAUCCACCCGCUCCCCGAGAUCUGCCUCGGCGUUACAGCCAAUUGCGGUUCUCCUCUUCGCUGCUGGCGGUUCACGCCCCUUAACUGACGUCGACGAGUCUAUAUAAGCGCUGGCGCAUCGCUCAGUCCGCCAUUCCAGGCUGCGUCGACAGGUGUCACUGUCUCCAUGAAUAUUCUGGGUCCUCUCAACGUUUCAACAAUCACUUGGACAAUAGUCAGAGAAUAAUAAGCUCAGGAAACAGCAGCAGGUUCCCUCUCUGGAUGAGACUGAAGAUCAUUGCCUCAGGAAGCCUCAUCACUUACAUCAUAUUUUGCCCCCUCCCCUUAUACCAUUGUGCCGCUUUUUAUAAAAAAAAGAAAAACAAACCCCAAAGCAAAUAAGGGUGCUAUAGUAUCUAGAUUAAUGGUAAAUGUGAAUGAAGGCCAAAUAAUUUGUCUUUCCAUGUGAAAGAUCACCCUAUAUUCUUAUACCCGUCCUACUCACAUAUAUUUUUUUUCUACCAUCGUUACUUUAAAACGAGGACAUAUUGGGUGGUUUCCACCACUGAGUAAAGAUAACGCCCUUUAUAAGAUGGCAGCCACAGCUCUUUUCAUGUGGCUGCAAAGCAAAGGCACAUUGUCCGCUUAAAGGAUAUAUGACCCCUCCCCCCCAGCACUUUUUUCUUUUUCUUCCAUUUUUAGCCCAAUACCUACGUACGACGCACAGGAGCAGAGUUUUGGAUAUUCACUAACACUAUGGGGUCGGGACCUAUAGACCCACACGAGCUCUUGAAGGGGCUAGAAUGUUUCUUGGGGCAAGAUGGAGAAGUGAAAGCACUUAAUGGAAUGGCAAAAAUUUUCAACUUGAUGAAAGAGUCUAGAAAAAUGGUGAGCUGGUGUAUCUACUUAAACAUCGUCCUCCAAACGAAUUCCCCCGAAGUUCUCGCCAAGUUUAUUCGGGUUGGCGGGUACAAGCUGCUGAACAGUUGGCUAACGUAUGCCCGAACCGGUAACAACAGCCCACUGCUCCACCAGAUUCUUCUAACACUUCAACAUUUACCUCUGACUGUGGAUCACUUAAAAGAGAAUAACACAGCAAAACUAGUCAAGCAACUGAGCAAAUCCAGUGAAGAUGAAGAGCUUCGGAAGUUAGCGGGGAUUUUGGUCAGUGACUGGAUGGCAGUUAUCCGAACCCAGAGCAACCUUAUUCCUGCAGAAAAGGAGAAAAAGAAGAAGAAAGAGGAUACAAAAGGGCGAUCGCCCGUUCAUGAUAAAACCACUGAGGCAAAAGUGGAGUCCCGCAUAGAAGAUCAAGGCGAUAGGAAGCGGGAGAAGCCCAAGAUUCAGCGCACUACAGCCCCAAGCCAUGCAAAGUUCAGGUCUACCGGUCUUGAAGUUGAAGCACCAUCACUUGCCCCCAUCAAGAAACCAGCAGCACCUGUUCCAGUAAUAUCUGACAAAUACUUGAAACCCGUCCCUGUAAAGAGGCAGAGUUCGGUUCCAGCUCCCAGUGACGCAGCUCCUGCUGAAAAGAAAUACAAACCUCUCAAUACUACACCAAAUACUGCCAAGGAGAUCAAAGUCAAGAUCAUUCCUCCACAACCCAUGGAAAGUUUAGGGUUCCUCGAUGCACUCAAUUCUGCCCCUAUACCUGGAAUAAAAAUUAAAAAGAAGAAGAAAGCAGUUUCUCCAACUAAUAACAAGUCUAGUCCAUUUGAUAUCAAGUCUCAAGGAGAGACGAACAGCGCCACUAAACCACCUUCACCGGAACAAGAAGCCCCAGUUGAGGGAAUGGACGUGGAGAGACCAGGAACUCCAGUUCCCGCUGUUGAGGUUCCGGAACCCAUGGAAACAUCUGCUCCAGCUACUGCACCAACCGAAGUCAAACCCAGUGAACCAGAAGCCCCGCAAUUGACCAAAAAGGGGAAAAAGAGAAAAACAGUCAGCUGGCCUGACGAGAGCCACCUUCGGGAGUACUUCUACUUUGAGUUGGACGAAACGGAAAGAGUCAAUGUAAAUAAGAUCAAGGACUUUGGUGAAGCCGCCAAACGAGACAUGCUAAUGGACCGUCAAGCUUUUGAAAACCACCGUCGACUUAGUCAUGAUGCCAUGGAAGAAGUCAUACCCUGGGUAGCUCCACGGCCCCUGCUCCUCCCCGGAGCCCUUGUUCAAGUUGGCACCAACAGCACUGAGAAGCACACGCAAGCAGAGCGGGAGAUGGGUAUUCUUCAGGAAAUCUUUCUGUCUAAAGAGAGCGUUCCUGAUACUCCACAUGAACCGGACCCUGAGCCAUAUGAGCCGUCACCCCCAAAACUUAUACCACUUGACGAGGAUUGUUCCAUGGAUGAUAGUGCAUAUGUUGAAACCAUGGACCAGAGUGGGGCUUCUCAGUCUCCAGACUUGUCUGGUGGUGCUAAAUUGCCUCCUGUGCUUGCAAACUUAAUGGGCAGUGUGGGAAAUCCGAAGGCACAAGCUAACCCAUUGCCAGGCACCAUGCAAGAGAUCCUGACCUCCAUUAUGGGUGCCCAGAGUAAUGCAAACCCAGAGGACCUGAUGAAGCAACCCGAUUUUUCUGAUAAAAUGAAACAACUACUUGGAACACUACAGAGUCAGAACCAGCCGCCACCACCAGGACCAGUUGGACCUGGAUUACCCGUACCAGUGCCUGCCAACAAUGGCUUUCCGCCACCAGUACCAAAAAACCCACCCCAGCAGCCGCCACCACAACACUACCCUCCACCGGGACCUGCUGGGCCAUACCCAGGUCCACAUGGACCACCGGGUGGUCCACGAAUGAUGGGUCCACCUCCUCCCCAACGUGACAGUUACUGGGAACCCCCACCCAAUGAUAUGGGAGGUGAACACCAUGAAAAUAUGAGAGGUAGAGGUGGUGGAAUGAGAGGAGACAGAGGAUAUCCACCUCCAUUCCACAGGAGCAGAGGUGGCCGAGGAGGUGACCCAGGAUACAGAGGACGAGGUGGAAGAGGAGGAGACAGGGGGCAUCCUGGAAGAGGAAGGGAUGGACCUCAUGGCAUGGAACAUAGGGGUUAUGGUGAACAUAGAAAUCACGGUGGAGAGCAUAGAGGACCUGUGCAUGGUGGAGAUAUGUCUUGCCGCCCUGUGUGUCGUCACUUUAUGAUGAAAGGAAACUGUCGAUACGAAGAUGGUUGUGCCUUCUACCACCCGGGCAUUAAUGGGCCCCCUCUGCGUUAAUCACCAAAGGCCAUUUUAAACAGUGUUUACCAGGAAGAAAACGAACAAACCAUUUGAAGAUUUUUGUUGGAUUUUUUUUUCUUUUUUUAUUAUGGCUUCUGUGAGGCCUACAUCUCUCCCUCUGCAUGAACAAUUUUGAGGAAGGAGAAAAUAAUUCCAUCUGCCUCACUUUUGACUUACUUGAAUACUAACAAGCCCUACAUAGACAUUGCAGGGUGGUCUUGGAAUUCUUAUUUAUUCCGUUGCUGAUAAACUAAGAGGGAGAGAAAUGUACAUUUAGUCCCUCGUACGAAGGAUCAACAAAUUAGGUGGAAGCCAAGAGGGCUGCGGAAGAUCUAUUGCGACCUAAAAAAAACCACUGCACGAGUACAGAAGACAAGCACGGUGCAAUGAGAUGAGACCUCUCGUUUUUUGAGGCGUCUUUAUCUUCUCGCUGUCCCCAUGCUACUAUUCCCAUCUCGUUUGAUUUCACAGUGACUUUGUCCCUCCAACUCAUUUCUGUGCUUCCAACAUUUGUCAUUCUGGCCUUUGCCAAAACCGUCUAUUCCUACGUUGAGUUCCUGAAAACACUAAAUCUGUACUAUGUGGCUCAGUGUUGUCUUCUGCUGUGCCAACUAAUCUCAUUUUGAUGGGUUCCAUCGUAACUUUAUAGAACAGUGUGCCGCAAAUUCAGUAUGAUACUCACUGAUUUACCCUUACACUAAUGUGGAGAUCUCCCCCCGAAGCUUGCAUUGUGGUGGACUAGCUACUGGUGUUGGAAACCACUGAAUUUGUUUUUGUUUUGGGUUUGUUUUUUAUUUUAAUAUAUAUAAUAGUAAACUGUAUAACGAUGCUGAGCAUCUGUACAAUGUAUAUACAGUGGAAAUGCUGCUCUGUUUAGUGAUGCAGCGUAUAUAGAGAUAAUGAACAUGCUAAGUAUUUAUACUGUUGCAGCACACAAGCAAGGAGUUAUUGCUGUUAAUCAGAAUACAUUGCCGUUCCAAUACCACUUCAGUACAGUUUUUGUCAUUACACCCAAAAGUAUAUUUAAAUACAGUAUUACCAGGGCAAACGCUGAUCUUUGUAUUCAUUGACAUCCACAGGAUGGGGGAAAGGGCUCCCGAGUCCUAUUCUGUAAACUUGUUUUCUGUGAAAACUGUCCAAGAAUAUAUUGAGUUUCUUUUAAUUGUUACUUACUUUUUAUGGGUCCCCUGAGGGAUUCCUAGAAUCUUUAUUUUUUUUUUUUUUGUACACUUUGUAAAUGAUGAUAAAUAAACCCAGUGCGAAGGUGAA